AUGGGAAAAACCAAUCCCGAUGAAAAGAUUCUCAGCUACAAUGAUGUUGUACUCCGACGAUCAGACUUGGAUAUCCUCAGUGGCCCAUAUUUUCUCAACGAUCGAAUAAUUGAGUUCUAUUUCAGUUAUCUAUCAUCGUGUUCUGAGGAGAUCCUGCUGGUUCCACCUUCGAUUGCAUUCUGUAUAAUGAAUUACCCAGUUGGUCAAGGCCUAACGGAGUUCCUAGAACCUCUUCAUUUGCCUGAGAAAAAACUGGUAAUCUUUCCCAUCAACGACAAUGAUGAUGUGAGUGAAGCUGGAGGCGGGUCUCACUGGAGCCUACUUGCAUUUGAGAGAAACGCUAACAAAUUUUUUCAUCAUGAUAGCAAUAGGGGGAUGAAUAGUAUCCACGCCAAACGACUUUACAACGCUGUUGUUAGCUUUAUGAGUGUCUCCGGUUCUGCAACUAAGCCGGUUUAUCAAGAGUGUAACUCUUCACCACAGCAAAUGAACGGUUAUGAUUGUGGCCUUUAUGUGUUGGCCAUUGCAAGGGUUAUAUGCAGCUGGUAUGGAGAGAAAGACGAAGAUGGAGAUAAAAUGUGGUUCUCUGCUGUGCAGGAGCAGGUUACCCCAAAUGUUGUUGCCAGAAUGCGAAAUGAGAUCCUCGGGCAGAUCAGAGAUCUCAUGCCCAUUAAGUGA